GAUGAUGGUCCCCAGACAGGAAAUUCUUGGCUGGGCAGGGAGGUAGGCUAGAAAAAUUCCAGUCUUAUGUUUUAGAAGGAAAAAAAAGGAGGACAUGAGUUGAAAGGAGCCUAAGAAAACACAGGGUGAGGGGAUAUGAGAGUAGGAAGGCAGCUUUGGGGGUGCCAUCCCCGAAUUAACCUAGGCCGAAGGUUUCUUUACAGACAUUUGCAGGUGGAAACAAUGUCUCAGGCUGCGAAGGCCUUAACAACAGCUGCAGGGAACCCAGGGCCAGAUAGCAAGGGGAAGGGGGCCCCAGGCCCUGCCCCAGGCCCCGGCUCUGCCCUGGCCCCAGCAUCCAUGCCCGUGCCCACUGCCAAAGUGGCCGACCUGCCUCCUGGGAGCUACCGGCUGGUGGUCUUCGAGCAGGAGAACUUCCAGGGCCGUCGGGUGGAAUUCUCCGGGGAGUGCUUAAACCUGGGAGAUCAUGGCUUCCACCGAGUGCGCAGCCUCAUUGUUACCUCUGGACCCUGGGUCGCCUUUGAGCAGUCCAGCUUCCAGGGGGAGAUGUUUGUCCUGGAGAAGGGCGAGUACCCACGCUGGGACACCUGGUCCAGCAGUUACCGCAGUGACCAGCUCAUGUCCUUCCGGCCCGUCAGGAUGGACUCCCAGAAGCAUAAAAUCUGCCUGUUUGAAGGCACUACCUUCAAGGGCAGCACCAUGGAGAUCCAGGAAGAUGACGUGCCCAGUCUCUGGGUCUACGGCUUCUGUGACCGCGUGGGCAGCAUGAGGGUCGCCAGUGGAACCUGGGUUGGCUAUCAGUAUCCCGGCUACCGCGGGUACCAGUACCUCCUGGAACCUGGUGACUUCCAGCACUGGAACGAGUGGGGGGCCUUCCAGCCGCAGAUGCAGGCUGUGCGACGUUUGCGUGACAGGCAGUGGCACCAUGAGGGCUGCUUCCCAGUGCUGGCCGCUGAGCCCCCCAAAUGAGU